UAGCCGGCGUGUUGACUAACCGCCUUCCUUCCUAGUCAACAUGGCGCCGAUGUUGGUACCACUAAAAUGCGGCUUACACUUUCAAAGACGAAAAUUAGCACUACUCAUUCGGCAAACAAGCUCAUAUCACUUUUGGAAUAAAAGUCGCAUUGAAGAUGGAAAGAACCAUAUACGCCAAAGUACAUACUUGUUAAGCUCCCCAUCACACCAACGAACAGCCACAUGGAGCACAAACAGAACAGAAAACAGUCGUCAGAUUUUAGAGGCAGCAAAACAUUUGCAGGUGACAGACAAACGGACAUGUUGGCAUGGACAUGCAGGUGGAGGUCUAAGUGCAGAUCCAAAAAAUGUGCUGAAGGAGGUAAAUUCUGCCAAGAUCCUGUCUGCAAUGCUGUCUUACGUGUGGCCAAAGGAUAGACCAGACCUCCGGGCUCGUGUUGCAGUCUCUCUCACCCUGCUUGCUGGAGCCAAGCUCACCAAUGUGAUGGUGCCCUUCAUGUUUAAGUAUGCAGUGGAUGAACUUAACCAGAUGUCAGGGCACAUGCUGAACCUGAAUGACGCGCCAAGCACUGUGGCUACCAUGGCAACGACUGUACUGAUUGGCUAUGGUGUUUCACGGGCUUGUGCAGCCGCCUUCAACGAGCUCAGGAACACAGUGUUUGGCAAAGUGGCCCAGAACUCCAUCCGACGCAUUGCCAGGAAUGUUUUUCUCCACUUACAUAAUCUGGAUCUGGGUUUUCAUCUCAGCAGACAGACAGGGGCGUUGUCCAAGGCCAUUGACCGUGGCACACGGGGUAUCUCCUUUGUUCUGAGUGCUCUCGUCUUCAAUCUUGGACCCACAGUCUUCGAGAUGGGCCUUGUUAGUGCUAUUUUGUAUUACAAGUGUGGUGGGCAGUUUGCAGCAGUGGCCUUGGGUACCUUAUCAGCAUAUACCUUUUUCACGAUUCUUGUCACUCAGUGGAGAACUCGUUUCCGCAUAGAGAUGAACAAAGCGGACAAUGAAGCAGGCAAUGCAGCUAUUGACUCCCUCCUCAACUAUGAGACAGUUAAGUACUUCAACAAUGAGAAGUAUGAAGCUGAAAGGUAUGAUGGAUAUCUGAAGCUCUAUGAGUCAUCCUCUUUAAAAACCACGUCCACGCUCGCCAUGCUCAACUUUGGCCAGAGUGCAAUCUUCAGUGUCGGCCUCACCGCCAUCAUGUGUCUGGCCAGCAAAGGCAUCACAGCAGGUACCAUGACUGUGGGAGACCUGGUGAUGGUGAAUGGCCUGCUCUUCCAGCUCUCCCUUCCUCUCAACUUCCUGGGUACAGUGUACAGAGAGACCAGGCAGGCUCUAAUAGACAUGAACACUCUAUUCACUCUGCUCAAUGUCGACACAAAAAUCAAGGAGAAGGAUCUUGCCCCAGCACUAACCAUCACACCACAGGAUGCCACCAUCCGCUUUGAAGAUGUGUAUUUUGAAUACCUGGAGGGCCAGAAAGUCUUAAAAGGAGUGUCUUUUGAAGUGCCUGCUGGGAAGAAGGUGGCUGUAGUCGGUGGCAGUGGCUCAGGGAAGAGCACCAUUGUGCGGCUGUUGUUCCGCUUCUAUGAGCCCCAGCAGGGAAACAUCUCCAUAUCGGGGCAGAAUAUCCGAGAUGUCAGCUUGGACAGCCUGAGGAAGGCUUUGGGUGUUGUACCUCAGGAUGCCGUUCUGUUUCACAACACCAUCUACUACAACCUAAAAUAUGGAAACAUCAAUGCUACACCAGAGGAGGUGUACCAAGUGGCACGUUUAGCAGGCCUUCAUGAUGCUAUCCUCAGGAUGCCCCAUGGCUAUGACACUCAGGUUGGAGAGCGGGGCCUCAAGCUGUCAGGAGGAGAGAAGCAACGUGUUGCCAUUGCCCGUGCUAUACUUAAGAAUCCACCCAUCCUCCUGUAUGAUGAAGCAACAUCGUCCCUCGACUCUAUCACUGAAGAGAACAUCCUGAAUUCAAUGAAGGAGAUGGUGAAAGACAGGACUUCAUUGUUCAUUGCCCACAGGCUUUCCACAAUCGUAGAUGCAGAUGAGAUUUUAGUGCUUCAUGAGGGCAAAGUGGCAGAGAGAGGCAACCACUACACCCUCCUCCAAACCCCAGGCAGCUUAUAUGCAGAACUGUGGAACGCUCAGAACAGCAAAAUCCUGAACAACAGCAAGAACUCGACUGAGCCGCCGGCUGAGCGGCUGUCCCAAAAGGAGGAGGAGAGGAAAAAAUUGCAGGAGGAGAUCCUAAACAGCGUGAAGGGCUGUGGGAACUGCUCCUGUUGAGAAAAGCUGCCUUCGCCAUGUUUCUUCAUCCCUCACAGAUGGCCAACGCUGGAAGCCCUGGUCCGUGCGGCACCGGAGAGGGGAGGGAGGGGUUGUUACAACCCCAGUACCCACUCCAGCCGAACCCCCGAUUAGUGUGACUGUCUCUCUUCCUCAUGUGAAUAAAGGCCAGUGCUCGCCAAAAUGAAGGAGGAGGAGCAGAACAGGGAGCAAGUGUAUUUAGCACUGGCUGGUGGCCAGAGAUAGAGCUUAUAUGCCAGUUGUCUCAGCUGAAGCAAAGCAUAAGAGACCUUGUAUAUCACAUAUGUGUGUUUAAGACAUCUGUUAGUCAACAUGGUUGUCCCCUCUUCCUUAUUUUUGGCAUCGGGUUUAUUGACAUCUGCCAUUGCACUCUAAACAUGUAAUGACUUACAUAUGCCUUGAUGUUGACACAAAAUUUACUAUAACUUAAUUUUUUUUAAAUUAUUCCAAAAAUAAACUGAUCUAUAGUUUGCGUUUUUAAUUAAAGAUGUGUACAUAUCGUUUAUUCUGCAGUUAGGGGAUCAGAGUUAAAAUUGGGGAUUACGAAACUGUUUGACAGGAUGAUCACAAUGGGUUUAGCAAGUAGAUGCUCCUGUGAAGUUUAGUUAUAAUACACACUGGUCGUGUCCAUGGUCUGUGUUUUUAUCCUACUAACCUUGGAUAGAUACUCAAAUCAGAGACGAAUCGCAAUGUUUGGAUCUGUGUUUACUGGACAUACACCGCAAUGUCACAAUUUUGCAUUAUAAAAAUAAACACAAUAUAUAGGAACCCUUAUAAAUCAUGAAUGGUUCUCACCACAGUAGGAACCUCAUCUUAAAGCAUUUGCUUUUUUUCUUUUGAAACACAUCAAGCCUUGGUUUGCUUUCUUGGUCUUUUUAAAACUAAUCUGAAAAGUUUUAACAGCAGUUAGACAGCUUUUUAGAUUGUAUGACCAAAAUAUGGAGUUUGCAUGUAAAUGUGUAAACACAUGUAUGUCCUAAUUUUCUGAGGGCUAUUUUGACUGUGAUAUGCACAUUUUCUUAGGAAUUUUGCCAUGUUAUUGUAUCUAAAAUGGAAAAGUAAAUAUCGGCUGUAAAAACACUAAAGCCAUGUAAUUCUGGACUAUGUUGACGUGUGAGUUCACUUCUGACAGUUUAAUAAAUGUGGGUUUUUGA